UAUGGGAAAACCGAACUUUAACGGCAAGUGGUCUAUGUACAAAAGCGAAAAAUUUGAAGAUUAUUUGAGGGCAAAUGGGGCCGACGAUGCGGUUAUUCGAAUGGCAACUUCUGUUCAACAGGACGUAGAAAUUCAUCAAAAUGAAGAUAAGUUCCUUAUUAAGAUCUUAAACGUCAUGUGCACUAGGAACACCGAAUUUACAGUUGGGGAAGAGUUUGAUUACGAGGCACACGGUGGAAUUCGCACCAAAGGUCAACCUUUCUGGGAUGGAGAUAAAUUAGUUAUAACGUUUACCCCUGUUAAUCCCGAUGAAGCAAAGAUUCACAUUAUCAAACGUCAACUUGUUGGAGAAGAAAUGUUACAAACGAUGCAAGUCGACGACAUCAUUUGUAAGAGAUUCUUUAGAAGAGCUUAG